GCGGGCCCCAACGCCUGCCGGCCGCUCGCCGGGAGUCCGGUCGGCGGCGCGAUGAGGCGCAGCAAGGCCGACGUGGAGCGGUAUAUCGCUUCGGUGCAGGGCUCCGCCCCGUCGCCGCGAGAGAAGUCAAUGAAAGGAUUCUAUUUUGCAAAACUCUACUAUGAAGCUAAAGAAUAUGAUCUCGCUAAAAAAUAUAUAUCUACAUAUAUUAAUGUGCAAGAGAGGGAUCCCAAAGCUCAUAGAUUUCUGGGUCUUCUUUAUGAGGCAGAAGAAAACACAGACAAAGCUGUUGAAUGUUACAAGCGUUCAGUGGAAUUAAACCCAACACAAAAAGAUCUUGUGUUGAAGAUUGCAGAAUUGCUUUGUAAAAACGAUGUUACUGAUGGAAGAGCAAAAUAUUGGGUUGAAAGAGCAGCUAAGCUUUUCCCAGGAAGUCCUGCAGUCUAUAAACUAAAGGAGCAGCUUUUAGAUUGUAAAGGUGAAGAUGGAUGGAAUAAACUUUUUGACUUGAUCCAGUCAGAACUUUACACAAGACCUGAUGAUGUCCAUAUGAACAUCCGACUAGUGGAACUGUAUCGCUCAAAUAAAAGAUUGAAGGAUGCUGUGGCCCAUUGUCAUGAGAGAGAGAAGAACAUAGCUUUGCGUGCAAGUUUAGAAUGGAAUUCAUGCGUUGUCCAGACUCUUAAGGAGUAUCUGGAAUCUCUACAGUGUUUGGACUCUGAUAAAAGUAACUGGCGAACAACCAAUAAAGACUUACUUCUGGCGUAUGCUAACCUUAUGCAUCUUACACUUUCUAUCAGGGAUGUGCAGGAAAGUAGAGAAUUACUAGAAAGCUUUGAUGAUGCUCUGCAGUCUGUGAAAUCUUCUGUGGGUGGAAAUGAUGAACUGUCAGCAGCGUUCUUAGAAGUGAAAGGACAUUUCUACAUGCACGCUGGCUCCCUGCUCUUGAAGAUGGGUCAGCAUAGCGAUGUACAGUGGCGCGCGCUCUCUGAGCUGGCUGCCUUGUGCUAUCUCAUAGCGUUUCAGGUUCCCAGACCAAAGAUUAAAUUAAUAAAAGGAGAAACUGGACAAAAUCUGCUGGAAAUGAUGGCUUAUGAUCGACUGAGCCAAUCAGGGCACAUGUUGAUAAACUUAAGUCAUGGCAAGCAAGAUUUUUUGAAAGAGAUUGUGGAAUCUUUUGCCAAUAAAAGUGGACAGUCUGCUUUAUAUGAUGCUCUAUUUUCCAGUCGGUCAUCUAAGGAUAAAUCUUUUCUUGGUGAUGAUGAUAUUGGAAACAUUGAUGUGCAUAUACCAGAGUCUGAUGAGUUGGCUAGAUAUGAUGUUGGUGCUGUUCGUGCGCAUAAUGGCAGUCUUCAGCACCUUACCUGGCUUGGCUUACAAUGGAAUUCAAUGCCUGACUUACCUGCAAUUCGAAAAUGGCUAAAACAGCUUUUUCAUCAUCUGCCCCAGGAAACUUCAAGACUUGAAACAAAUGCACCUGAAUCCAUAUGUAUUUUAGAUCUUGAAGUAUUUUUACUCGGAGUAAUAUAUACCAGCUACUUACAAUUAAAGGAGAAAUGUAAUUCUCACAAUAGCUCCUAUCAGCCUCUAUGCUUGCCACUUCCUGUGUGUAAACAGCUUUGUACAGAGAGGCAGAAGACUUGGUGGGAUGCAGUUUGUAAUCUAAUUCACAGAAAGGCAAUACCUGGAGCCUCAGCAAAAUUACGACUUCUAGUUCAGCAUGAGAUGCACACACUAAGGGGCCAGGAGAAACAUGGCCUUCAACCUUCUCUGCUUGUACACUGGGCAAAAUACCUUCAGAGAACGGGCAGCAGCCUUAAUUCUUUUUAUGAUCAACGGGAAUACCUAGUCAGAAGUGUUCAUUAUUGGAAAAAAGUUUUGCCUUUGUUGAAGACAAUCAAAAAGAAGAGCAGUAUUCCUGAACCUACUGAUCCUCUGUUUAAACAUUUUCAUGCUGCAGACAUUCAGGCAUCUGAAAUUGGUGAAUAUGAAGAGGAUGCACAUAUAACUUUUGCUAUAUUGGAUGCAGUUAAUGGAAAUGUAGAAGAUGCUCUAUCUGCUUUUGAAUCAAUAAAAAAUGUUGUUUCUUACUGGAAUCUUGCACAGAUUUUUCACAGGAAAGCAGAAGACAUUGAAAAUGAUGCCCUUUCUCCCGAAGAACACGAAGAAUGCAAAAAUUAUCUGAGAAAGACCAGGGACUACCUAAUAAAGAUUUUGGAUGACAGUGAUUCAGAUCUUUCAGUGGCCCGAAAAUUGCCUGUGCCCCUAGAGUCUGUAAAAGAGAUGCUGAAUUCAGUCAUGCAGGAACUUGAAGACUACAGCGAAGGAGGUCCUCUUUAUAAAAAUGGUUCUUUGCGAAAUACAGAUUCAGAAAUAAAACAUUCUACACCAUCUCCCACCUUAUAUUCUCUGUCACCUAGUAAAAGUUACAAGUAUUCUCCCAAAACACCACCUCGAUGGGCAGAAGAUCAAAAUUCCUUACUGAAAAUGAUCUGCCAACAAGUAGAGGACAUUAAGAAAGAAAUGCAGGAAUUAAAACUAAAUAGCAGUAACUCGGCAUCCCCUCAUCGUUGGCCCACAGAGAAUUAUGGACCAGACUCAGUGCCUGAUGGAUAUCAGGGAUCACAGACUUUUCAUGGGGCUCCAUUAACAGUUUCAACUACUGGUCCUUCAGUAUAUUAUAGUCAGUCACCAGCAUACAAUUCCCAGUAUCUCCUCAGACCAGCAGCUAAUGUUACUCCCACAAAGGGUCCAGUUUAUGGCAUGAAUAGGCUUCCACCCCAACAGCAUAUUUAUGCGUAUUCACAGCAGAUGCACACACCACCAGUGCAAAGCUCAUCUGCUUGUAUGUUCUCUCAGGACAUGUAUGGUCCUCCAUUGCGUUUCGAGUCUCCUGCAACAGGAAUUAUGUCACCCAGGGGUGAUGAUUAUUUUAAUUACAGUGUUCAGCAGCCAAACACAAACCCAUCUUUGCCAGAACCAGGAUAUUUCACAAAACCACCUCCAGUGGCAAAUCACGCUUCAAGAUCUGCCGAAUCUAAGGUUAUAGAAUUUGGAAAAACAAGUUUUGUUCAGCCUGUGCCAGGUGAAGGAAUAAGGCCGUCAUUGACAACACCAGCACAUACAACACAACCACCUCCUUUUAAGUUUAAUUCGAAUUUCAAGUCAAAUGAUGGUGACUUCACAUUUUCCUCACCUCAGGUUGUGACACAACCCCCUUCUGCACCUUAUGGUAGUAGUGAAAGGCUUUUAGGUCUCCUGACUGCAGAUAAACAUUUGCAAGGAGAUUGCUAUAGUGGACCAAAGCCAAUUCCUAGUCAGACCAUCGGGUCUCGGAAUACAUUCAAUUUUGGAAGCAAAAAUAUGUCUGGAAUCUCAUUUACGGAAAACAUGGGACCAAAUCAGCAAAAGAAUUCAGGUUUUCGUCGAAGUGAUGACAUGUUUACUUUCCAUGGACCAGGGAAGUCAGUGUUCGGGACACCUGCUCCAGAGCUGGCAAGCAAGAACCAUGAUACAGAUGCAGGCAGUGCCCAUGGAGAUGAGGAUGAGGAUGGCCCGCACUUUGAGCCCGUGGUCCCUCUUCCUGAUAAAAUUGAAGUGAAGACUGGUGAGGAAGAUGAAGAAGAAUUCUUUUGUAAUCGUGCAAAAUUAUUCCGCUUUGAUGGAGAAUCCAAAGAAUGGAAGGAACGUGGGAUUGGCAAUGUAAAAAUACUGAGGCAUAAAACAUCUGGUAAAAUUCGUCUUCUGAUGAGGCGAGAGCAAGUAUUGAAAAUCUGUGCAAAUCAUUACAUUAGUCCAGAUAUGAAAUUGACACCAAAUGCUGGAUCAGACAGAUCUUUUGUAUGGCACGCCCUUGAUUAUGCAGAUGAGUUGCCUAAACCAGAACAGCUGGCUAUUAGAUUCAAAACUCCUGAGGAGGCAGCACUUUUUAAGUGCAAGUUGGAAGAGGCCCAGAGCAUUUUAAAAGCCACAGGAACUAACUUAGCAACAGCACCAAAUGAGACUAUCAGAACUGUAAAAGAAUCCACAAGUCAUGACAACAAGGAUAUUUGUAAAUCUGAUGCUGGAAACAUGAAUUUUGAAUUUCAAGUUGGAAAGAAAGAAGGGUCUUGGUGGCACUGUAACAGCUGCUCCUUGAAAAAUGCUGCAACUGCGAAGAAUUGUGUAUCAUGCCAAAAUCUAAACCCAAGCAGUAAAGAGCUCCUUGGCCCACCAUUAGUUGAAACAGUUCCUGCCCCUAAAACUGGCCCAGCGAAUGCUCAGGAUAGAUUUGCAUUAAUGGCUCCAGUGAAAGAAGGUCAUUGGGACUGUAGUGUUUGCUUAGUAAGGAAUGAACCUACUGUAUCUAAGUGCAAUGCAUGCCAGAAUACGAAAUCUGCUAACAAAACUGGGUCUUCAUUUGUUCAUCAGGCUUCCUUUAAAUUUGGCCAGGGAGAUCUUCCUAAGUCUGUCAAUAGUGACUUCAGGUCUGUGUUCCCUAUGAAGGAGGGACAGUGGGAUUGCAGUUUGUGCUCAGUGCAGAAUGAAGGGAGCGCUGCAAAAUGCAUUGCCUGUCAGAAUCCAAGAAAACAGAGUGUGCCUGCCUCUGCUGCUGCAGCUCCUGCCUCUUUUCAGUUUGGUACUUCAGAGACGAGCAAAGCACCAAAGAGCGGAUUUGAGGAUGUUUUUGCCAAGAAGGAAGGACAGUGGGACUGCAGUUUCUGCUUGGUGCAAAAUGAACCAGAUGCUACAAAAUGCAUUGCCUGUCAGAAUCCAGGUAAACCAGGUCCAUCUGCUGCUGUUGGAACCCCCGCCUCUUUCCAGUUUGGUACUUCAGAGACGAGCAAGGCUCCUAAGAGCGGAUUUGAGGGGAUGUUCACCAAGAAGGAAGGACAGUGGGACUGCAGUUUGUGCUUAGUAAGAAAUGAAGAGACUGCUACCCAGUGUGUUGCUUGUCAGAGUCCAAACCCACAGAACCAGCCUACUUCUGCUGUUCCAGCAUCUGCCUCUUCAGAGACAAGCAAGGCUCCAAAGACUGGGCUGGAAGGACUGUUCCCCAAGAAGGAAGGACAGUGGGAUUGUAGUGUGUGCCUUGUGCAAAAUGAAGGUUCUUCCUUAAAAUGCGUGGCUUGUGGUGCCUCUAAAUCAACUCAUAAGCCCGUUGCAGAAGUUCCCUCAGCUUUCACAUUGGGCUCCAAAACAAAGUUAAGUGACUCUUCUGCAAGUCAGGUAGAGACAGGAUUCAAAAGUAACUUUUCAGAAACAGCUUUUAAAUUUGGCAGUACGGCAGAGCAAGGGUUUAAGUUUGGACAUGCAGAUCCAGAAAAUGCACCGUCAUUUACAUUUCAGGGUUCUUCUAAUACGGAAUCCAAGUCAACAAAAGAAGGGUUUAGUUUUUCAAUUCCUGUGUCUGCUGAUGGCUUUAAAUUUGGUAUUCAGGAACAGGGAAGUCAAGAGCGGAAUGAGAAACACCCCGAAAAUGACACUGGCUUCCAGGCACAGGAUGCUAGUAGCCAAAAGAAUGGUAGUGGUGUGAUCUUUGGUCAAAAAAGUAGCACUUUUACCUUUGCAGAUCUUGCAAAAUCAACCUCAGGAGAAGGAUUUCAGUUUGGCAAAAAAGACCCCAAUUUCAAGGGAUUUUCGGGUGCUGGAGAAAAAUUAUUCUCAUCACAGAGUGGUAAAAUCGCUGAUAAAACCAACACUUCUGCUGACCUUGAGAAAGAUGAUGAUGCCUACAAGACUGAGGACAAUGAUGACAUUCAUUUUGAGCCAGUAGUUCAGAUGCCUGAAAAAGUAGAACUUGUAACAGGAGAAGAAGAUGAAAAAGUUCUAUAUUCACAGCGGGUGAAACUAUUUAGAUUUGAUGCUGAGAUAAGUCAGUGGAAAGAACGGGGCUUAGGGAAUUUAAAAAUUCUCAAAAAUGAGGUGAAUGGAAAACUAAGAAUGCUGAUGCGAAGAGAACAAGUCCUAAAAGUGUGCGCUAAUCAUUGGAUAACAACUACAAUGAACCUGAAGCCUCUCUCUGGAUCAGAUAGAGCGUGGAUGUGGUUGGCUAGUGAUUUCUCUGAUGGUGAUGCCAAACUAGAACAGCUGGCAGCAAAAUUUAAAACACCGGAGUUGGCUGAAGAAUUCAAGCAGAAGUUUGAGGAAUGCCAGCGACUUCUGUUAGAUAUACCACUUCAGACUCCCCAUAAACUUGUAGAUACUGGCAGAGCUGCUAAGUUAAUACAGAGAGCUGAAGAAAUGAAGAGCGGACUGAAAGAUUUCAAAACGUUUUUGACAAAUGAUCAGACAAAAGUGAGUGAUGAGGAGAGUAGGAGUUCUGAUGCAGGGUCGGCCAGUGCUUCAGAUACAACAGUCAAGCCAAAUCCUGAGAACACGGGGCCCACGUUAGAGUGGGACAACUAUGAUUUAAGGGAAGAUGCUCUAGAUGAUAGUGUAAGUAGCAGUUCAGUACAUGCUUCUCCACUGGCAAGCAGCCCUGUGAGGAAAAAUCUUUUCCGCUUUGGUGAGUCAACAACAGGAUUCAACUUCAGUUUCAAGUCUGCUUUGAGUCCAUCUAAGUCUCCUGCAAAGUUGAAUCAGAGUGGGACUUCGGUUGGUACUGAUGAAGAAUCUGAUGUGACUCAAGAAGAAGAGCGAGAUGGACAGUACUUUGAACCUGUUGUACCUUUACCUGACCUCGUGGAAGUAUCCAGUGGUGAGGAAAAUGAGCAAGUAGUUUUUAGUCACAGAGCAAAACUCUAUAGGUAUGAUAAGGAUGUUGGUCAGUGGAAAGAAAGAGGCAUUGGCGAUAUAAAGAUUUUACAGAAUUAUGAUAAUAAGCAAGUUCGUAUAGUGAUGAGAAGGGACCAGGUAUUAAAACUUUGUGCCAACCACAGAAUAACACCAGAUAUGACACUGCAAAAUAUGAAAGGGACAGAAAGAGUAUGGGUGUGGACUGCUUGUGAUUUUGCAGACGGAGAAAGAAAAAUAGAACAUUUAGCUGUGCGUUUUAAACUACAAGAUGUUGCAGACUCAUUUAAGAAAAUUUUUGAUGAAGCAAAAGUAGCCCAAGAAAAAGAUUCUUUGAUAACACCGCACGUUUCUCGGUCAAGCACUCCAAGAGAGUCACCGUGUGGCAAAAUUGCUGUAGCUGUAUUAGAAGAAACCACACGAGAAAGGACGGAUUUAAUUCAGGGUGAUGACGUAGCAGACACAACUGCAGAAGUUGGAGAAGUGUCUACCACAACUGAAACAACAACAAAAGCGGUGGUUUCUCCUCCCAAAUUUGUGUUUGGUUCAGAGUCUGUUAAAAGCAUUUUUAGUAGUGAAAAAUCAAAGCCAUUUGCAUUCGGCAACAGUUCAGCCACUGGGUCUUUGUUUGGAUUUAGUUUUAAUGCACCUUUGAAAAAUAACAACAGUGAAACUAGUUCAGUAGUCCAGAGUGGAUCUGAAAGAGAAUUGGAACCUGCCAAGUCUGAACUGUCAAAGAGCUCUGAGAUCAAACAUCCUUCAGAUGGCAAAGCCAAAAAUCUCUUUGCUUCCUUUCCAAAGGAAGAAGCCUCAACCAGUUACAUAUUUAAAACACCAGAAAAGGCAAAAGAGAAGAAAAAUUCUGAAGAUCUUCCUUCAGAUGAUGAUGUUCUCAUUGUAUAUGAAUUAACCCCGACUCCUGACCAAAAAGCCCUUGCAACGGAGCUUAAACUUCCUCCAACUUUCUUCUGCUAUAAGAAUAGACCAGAUUAUGUUAGUGAAGAAGAGGAGGAUGAUGAAGAUUUUGAAACAGCUGUCAAAAAACUUAAUGGAAAACUCUAUCUGGAUGACUCAGAAAAAUGUAAGCCCUUGGAAGACAAUCUAACAGAUCCUGAGAAAGAAUGUGUUAUUGUUUGGGAGAAGAAACCAACAGUUGAAGAGAAAGCAAAAGCAGAUACCUUAAAGCUUCCACCCACAUUUUUUUGUGGAGUUUGCAGUGAUACUGAUGAGGACAAUGGAAAUGGGGAAGACUUUCAAUCCGAGCUUCAGAAAGUUCAGGAAGCUCAAAAAUCCCAGAGUGAGGAAAUCACCAGCACAGCAGAUGGUGUGUGUACAGGUGGGACUGAGGUGACUGCUCCGUCGUUAGGGAAAUCUGAAGAACCUGAUUCUGUUGCCAAAUGUAUUGGUUCACCACCUGUUUCCUGUGGAGCUGCAGACAAGCCUGUGGAUUUGUCUACUAGAAAGGAAACUGAUCCAGGUUCUACAAGCCAAGUGGAAAGCAAAACAGUUUCAUUUGGAUUUGGAAGUAGCACAGGGCUAUCAUUUGCAGAUUUGGCUUCCAGUAAUUCUGGGGAUUUUGCUUUUGGUUCUAAAGAUAAAAAUUUCCAGUGGGCAAAUACCGGUGCAGCUGUAUUUGGAGCACAGACAACCAAUAAAGUUGGUGAAGAUGAAGAUGGUAGUGAUGAAGAGGUAGUUCAUAAUGAAGAUAUCCACUUUGAACCAAUAGUGUCAUUACCAGAGGUAGAAGUAAAAUCUGGAGAAGAAGAUGAAGAAGUUGUGUUUAAAGAGAGAGCCAAACUCUACAGAUGGGAUCGUGAUGCCAGCCAGUGGAAGGAGCGUGGUGUAGGAGACAUAAAGAUCCUUUGGCAUAGGAUGAAGAACUAUUAUCGAAUCCUCAUGAGGAGAGACCAGGUCUUCAAAGUGUGUGCAAACCACGUUAUUACCAAAACAAUGGAAUUAAAACCCUUAAAUGUUUCAAAUAAUGCUUUAGUUUGGACUGCUUCAGAUUAUGCUGAUGGAGAAGCAAAAGUGGAACAGCUUGCAGUGAGAUUUAAAACAAAAGAAAUGGCUGAUUGUUUUAAGAAAAAGUUUGAAGAAUGUCAACAGAAUUUAUUGCAACUCCAGAAAGGGCAUGUUUCACUGGCAGCAGAAUUGUCGAGAGAGACCAACCCUGUGGUGUUUUUUGACAUUUGUGCGGAUGAUGAACCUUUAGGGCGUAUAACCAUGGAGUUAUUUUCAAAUGUCGUUCCUCAGACUGCUGAGAACUUCAGAGCACUGUGUACUGGAGAGAAGGGCUUUGGUUUCAAGAACUCCAUUUUUCACAGAGUAAUUCCAGAUUUUGUUUGCCAGGGGGGAGAUAUCACCAAGCAUGAUGGAACAGGAGGAAAGUCUAUUUAUGGAGAUAAAUUUGAAGAUGAAAAUUUUGAUGUGAAACACACUGGUCCUGGCUUGCUGUCAAUGGCCAAUAGGGGCCAAAAUACCAAUAAUUCUCAAUUUUUUAUAACACUGGGAAAAGCAGAACAUUUGGACUUCAAGCAUGUAGUAUUUGGUUUUGUUAAGGAUGGCAUGGAUACUGUGAAAAAGAUUGAGUCAUUUGGUUCUCCUAAAGGGUCUGUUAGUCGAAGAAUUAGCAUCACAGAAUGUGGACAGAUAUAAAAUCAUUGGGUUUUUUUGUAGUAAAUUUUAUCUGUAUAAGCAGUUGAAUCGAAGCUUAGCUGUUACAAUAUGGUAAUUAUGUUCAGCUUUUGAAAAUGGACGUUUCCAAUGUAUAAAUGUACAAUUGCAGCUCAUAGCUGUUGUCACUUUUUAAUGUGUUAUAAUUGACCUUGCAUGGUGUGAAAUAAAAGUUUAAACACUGGUGUAUUUCAGGUGUACUUGUGUUUAUGUACUCCUGAUAUAUCUGUAAUAAAAUGGAAUAGUAAUAAUAAUGUUGUUAAAAGCAAUAUACCUUCACAGACUAUUGAAGGGAUUAAAUAUAUGCAAUUUAAUUUUAAUUCCUUUAAAUAUAUGUGACUUCCAGCAUGGAAAUACUUAACAUUUGAGUAGAGGGACCACAACUUGGAUAAUUUUAUUUUGGAUCUGAAAUAUAUUUGGUAACCUUAACUGUUGGUGUGCUCAUUUAUGCAUAGACUCAUUUAUGAAUGGGUAGAGCCACAGAAGGUAGAGUUAACCAAAGUGCUCUUCUGUAAUCUUACACCUCUUGUAUAGUUUACAAAUGAACUUUUAAGUAGAGUACCUUCUUUGCCUAAAAUAUAUAGCAUCUUGUGCCCUUUCAAAGGUGUUAAAUUAAUUUUUUACAUUUUAAGCAAGUUGACUAUUUCCUUUAAAAAAAAAAAAAAAGAAAACAAACUUUUGUCAUCUGUCUCUACUACCUCAGCAAUUUCAACUUGGUCCUGAUGAUAGAAAUUGAAUUUUUCCUUGCAGUUAUUGUGAUAAAGUAUGAAUAUUUUUUAAAGGUCUAUACCAUGUUCUUUGGUUAAAGAUUUGCUUUAUACUAGAUUGUUGCAGUAUCUUUUUCUGGUGAAUUUUGUAGCAGAAAUAAAGUGACAAUUGACAACA